AUUACUCUCCCACACAGCGAAUAUAACCAGAAGCAAAGGAGAGAGAAUCUAGAGCUAGAGAGAGAAGGAGAAGGAGAAGGAGGAGGAGGAGGAGAAGGAGGAGAAAGAAGAAGAAGAAGAGCUGGGGCAGAACGCACCGUCUUCUUCUCAUCAAAUUUAUAAUUGGUUUGCAUGUGGGAGUAAUUAAGGCGUAUGAAUUUCGUUUUGUAUACUCAUCAUUGAUUUUGUUUUGAUGGAUACCAAAGGAAGGGUUUCUUCACCGCCGGUCAAGUUGGAGAAUUCCAACAAGAUGUUGGAAGGUCCUUCCUAUCUUGUAUCAAGGGAGUUGCCCAGCUCUUGUGAGCAAGAGAGCAAAUGGAUUUACAAUACUCACCGUGUUAUGGAGCUCUCAAACAAUAAGCGCCCCAUUGAAGACGAUGAUGAAAUCACAUUGAGGAAGGUAUGCAAGCUAUCAGAUGCUAUUCUGGGAGGGGAUGUGGUUAUGGAUCUGAAUGGUCUUCCCCCUGCCAAGGACCAGUCAAAUGAUGGGCAUCAGGGAGGUGGCAAUUCUGAUUCAAGUUCACUGAUCUACCAACUUGGCCGGGAUAUCUCAAUCAACUGUCUCCUUCGCUGCUCCAGGUCUGAUUAUGGCUCUAUUGCCUCGCUGAAUAAGAACUUCCGCUCUCUGAUUCGGAGUGGGGAGCUGUACACACUGAGGCGGAAAGUGGGCAUUAUUGAACAUUGGGUUUACUUCUCUUGCAGCCUCCUUGAAUGGGAGGCAUUUGAUCCAGAUCUCCGACGUUGGAUGCAUUUACCUAGAAUGGCGUCAAACGAGUGUUUCAUGUGUUCAGACAAGGAAUCGUUAGCCGUUGGUACAGAACUUCUUGUUUUUGGAAAGGAAAUAACGUCCCAUGUUGUUUAUAGAUACAGCAUUUUGACCAACACGUGGUCAUCAGGCACUGAGAUGAAUACACCUAGAUGCUUGUUCGGUUCUGCAAGCCGUGGGGAACUUGCAAUUCUCGCAGGUGGUUGCGAUCCACGUGGCAAUGUCUUGAACUCUGCUGAACUUUAUAAUUCCGAAACAGGAACUUGGCUGACUCUUCCUAGCAUGAAUAAACCUAGAAAAAUGUGCUCUGGGGUAUUUAUGGAUGGGAAGUUUUAUGUCAUUGGUGGGAUAGGAGUGGGCGACCAAAAGCAACUUACGUGUGGAGAGGUGUACGAUUUGGAGAAGGGGACUUGGACUGAGAUACCUAACAUGUUCCCUGGAAGAAAUGCUGGGGCACCUGAGGCACCUGCUGCAGCUGCGGCACCUCCUCUUUUGGCAGUUGUAAAUAACAUAUUGUAUGCUGCAGAUUAUGCGGAACAGGAGGUGAGGAGAUAUGAUAAGGAGAGGAACAUGUGGAUCACUGUUGGGAGUUUGCCUGAGCGUGCAGCCUCGAUGAAUGGUUGGGGAAUAGCAUUUAGGGCAUGUGGAGAUCGAUUAAUUGUAAUUGGUGGACCUAGGGCCUUAGGCGGAGGGACAAUUGAACUUAAUUCUUGGGUCCCUGAUGGAGGCCCGCCACAGUGGAACCUGCUUGCUAGAAAACCUUCUGGCAGCUUUGUGUAUAAUUGUGCGGUGAUGGGAUGCUGAGGGCUGAGGCGUCCGGUUUCAGUGGCACCGUCUGCGCUGCAUGGAAUCCUGGGUAGAAUUUGCAAUCUUCAGUUUUCAAGGAGAUGGGAUUCCAGCUCGUGGGUAAUCUCGACCCUCCUUUUUGGGGAAAUUCAGGUUUUAAUUUAGAGUCAUAGAUAUAUUCACAGAUUCACAGAAGAAGGCCUGAAAAGUUAUUUUCCUUUUUUAUCUUUUAAACUUUAUUGUGUCUCGUUUUUUUUCCCUUUGGUAACUUUGAGAGUUUUCAGCAAGGUUGGCAUCAUGUAGAACAGGAAAAGGUGAAUAAACUGCGAUACCGGUACAUGUUUUAGGUUUUUAUGACUAUUUUCAUAAGUUUUAUUGAAAAAUUGCAGAAUUGUGUAAUGGUUCAAGUUCUUCAUUUCGUUUAUUUCCUAAGCUUAUAUUUCCAAAGUCUCUUUUCCCCUCCCAUUUUGGAGGACAGAACAAAGAAUGACUUCCAUUUCUGAUAUAGAUUUAUAUUCUUAUCUUC